AUGGCAGGAGUGCUCCCCUUAUCACCAACAACCCCGCUCCCGCCAUUUCCCGAUCCUCCCAAACUCAACCAGCUGCGCGAUCGCCACAGUACCGGCGACGACGAUGCCCUCCUCCUCAGCCAUCUCGCAAUUACCCAGCAUUCCUUUCCGGGGAAAGCAGCCUACAUCUCCGCCAUGAAGGCUGCCUCCCUCCACUCCUCAGAUAGCCACGGGAGAGCCGUCCACGCCUGCAUCCUCAAGGUUGGCCUCGUCGCCGAUCGCUUCAUCGCCAGCUCCGUCGUCCGCUUCUACUCUUCCGUCUCCGACUUGGACUCCGCCCGCAAGGUGUUCGACGGAGUUCCUCUCAAGGAUGCCGCGCUCCACACCACUUUGCUAACUGGCUAUGCGCAGAAUGGCGAGAUUGAGAAGGCGAGGGGCUUGUUCGAUGCCAUGUCCGAUAGAGACGUCAUCGCUUGGAACGCCAUGCUGAGUGGCUAUGCCCAGUGUAGGCUUCCGGAGUCCGCUCUCGAGUUGUUCGUGGAAAUGCAGCAGUUGAAUUGUAGCCCGAAUGAGGUCACUCUUAUUCUCGCCCUGUCGUCGUGCUCUCAGUUGGGGAGUCUGGAUUUGGGUGAAUGGAUUCAUGGCUAUAUCAAUCGACACAAUGUGGAGAUCAGGCGUUCGAUAACGCUGAACAAUUCCCUCGUCCAUAUGUAUGCAAAGUGUGGUAGACUUGAUGCAGCUUUGGUGUUGUUCCUUGAGCAGAAUCCUAAGAACUUGGAGUCUUGGAACACAAUGCUGUGUGGAUUGGCUGUAAAUGGAUGUGCAAUGGCUACUCUUUCCCUGUUUGCGCAGAUGAUCAAGUUCAGAUUGCGACCAGAUAGGAUUACCUUCGUCGGAAUUUUGAUGGCUUGCAGCCAUGUAGGCAUGAUUGACACUGCUAUCAUGGGCUUCAAUUGCAUGAAGACGGUUUAUGGAGUUGAGCCAAAGGCAGAACAUGUUGGAUGCUUGGUGGAUGCUCUUUCUCGUGGGGGGUAUCUCGAUAAGGCGAGAUCAGUGCUUGAGAGCAUGCUUUUCGAAACAAAUGCUUCUGCUUGGCGUGCACUUUUAGGCGGAUGCUUUGCUCAUGGUGAUUACGAGUUGGGCGUAGUGGUGGCGAGGCAUCUCAUUGAGCUUGAGCCACUGGAGGAAAGUGGAUAUGUAGCUCUGCAAAAGUUGUAUGCGAUUACUGGUAGAACAGAGGAUGCAUUGAAAGUGAGGAAACUGAUGUGUGAUUUGGACAUCAAACAAUCCUCAGGAGCAAGCAUGAUUGAAGUGGAAGGAACAGCGUGUGAGUUCUUGGCAGGAACACUAUGA